CUACAAACCCACCAACUUCCGCACACAAUCCAAGGUUCACAAGAACUCUAGAUUAACACUCAUUUUCACGUUUUCAAAAGAAACGAAAAAGUCUUUAAAUUGUAACAAAGUCUAUUCACCCCCCCCCCCCUCUAGACUUUGUAUCUCAUCACUUUGGGACCACCAUAUACCUUCCCUUGCUAGGAUCCUAACGGAGUUUGUUUGAUCAAUAAAAUCAUCGAUAAGAUCAAGCAUCUCAAGACUGCCAUGGAGAUAUGGCAAGGUCUUGGGAAGCUGUGUGAGGGAUCAGAGGAUCUGAGAAAGCAGAAGAUAGAGGUUCUGCUCGAGAAGUUCAAAAGCUUCAAAAUGCUUCCCGGAGAAUCAUUUGAUAUGUUGGAUGAAAGAUUCCACAAAAUCUUGAAUGAUCUUGCAUCACUUAAGCACGUUCUUUCUCCCAAAGAAAAGAAUGUAAGGUUACUGAGAUCUCUUCCAGCUGAGUGGUACACCAAAGCCACAGCCAUGGAAGAAGGAAGAAAUCUGGAAAUCUACACUGUCCAAGGUCUCCUAGAUGAGCUCAGAACCUAUGAGCACGAGCUGAAGAAGAAGAAGGAAGAACAAGUCACUCCAUUUCCCACGGCACUAAUGACAACUCCCAGAGUCCCAGCAAGCGAAGGGACAUGCCCAAGGAACAGUGACACUCCUUCAUCCAGUCAGCCACCAAGCUCAAAAAUGGAGAACUACGAUGAGGAAUUCGCAAUGAUGAUCAAGCAGUUUCGGAAGUUCAAGAAGUUCUUCAAGAAAACUGACUCAUUUACAAGGCCAUCCAAGGGAAAGCUACAGGUAAGUGACUCCCCUCCUGAAUCUUAUUUGUGUUAUAACUGCAGGAAACCUGGCCACUCGAAGUCAGCAUGCGCAUACCCAAAAGUGGAGAAGUACGGAGAAAGAGAAAGAAACGAGAAGAAGAAGAAGGCAAUGGUAGCAGCUGAAAGUGACGAGUCAUCCAGUUCAAGCUCGGAUGAAGAAGCCAUCGUCUGCAUGGAGCGCAAAGCUGAGAAGUCCAACCAUGAGGAUCGGUGGACCAUGUCAGAAGAUGACACUCUCUGCCUAAUGGCCAAAGAUGAUGCUGAACAAGAGGUAACAUCAAAAACCUCUUGCUCAUCUUCUUAUGAAAGCAUACCAACUUCUGAAAAUCUUUUUGACAAGUUCAAAAAGAUGAUGGAAGAUUUUGAGGAAAUAAAUCUUAAACACUCAUCCUUAACAGAAGAGAACAAGCUAUUGAGUGAAGAGAAUCUCAAGUUGACUGAAAUUCGGAAAAGUCAACUAAGUGAGAUCACUCAACUCAAGGCUGAGAAUGAAUCUCUUUCUGAAAAGGUGAAAUUCCUCAACAAGGAGCUAGGGAUACUGAAGUCUAAAGAAGCAGUGGAUAAGCUUCUUGAAACGACCAAACAUAAGGGUCGUGAAGGACUUGGUUUUGACCCCUCCAGUUCUAAAAGGAAAGGGAGAACAACUUUUAUCCCUUCCAAACCUACUGCCAAACCCAAUAAGCAGAAAGGUAAGGAGAAGGAGAAACCUAAAGAAGUUCCCAAAAAGGAAGCCGCUAAAUACCCAGGUGUCUGGUACUUAGAUAGUGGCUGUUCAAGACACAUGACGGGUGAUGCGAGUCUUUUGAGCAAUCUAAUUCGUUAUGAUGGUCCAAGAGUUACUUUUGGAGGAAGUAAUGAUUUUGGUCUUACAAAAGGGUUAGGAAAUAUGGUGUACAAGGGACUAACCAUCCAGGCUGUACCUAAUGUGGAAGGUUUUAACUAUAACCUUCUUAGCAUAAGCCAGUUCUGUGAUAAAGGUUAUUCUUUGGAAUUCUGCAAGGACAUGGCAUCCCUCAAGAACAUCUCCACAAAUGAAGUCAUUCUCACUGGGAAGAGAAUCAGAAACAUCUACGAAGUAAUGUGGGACGAUGUCAAGGAAGCAUGCCUAAUCAGCAAAGUUGACACUAACCUUCUAUGGCUUUGGCAUAAAAGGUUGAACCAUCUAAACUUCAAAACUCUCAACAAGCUGUCCAAAGAAGGGUUAGUAGAAGCAAAGAAAGCCGAUUUGAAGAACGACUACAAAUUGGUUCUGGAGCUGGUCAUUGCAUGUCUUGAAUGUGGCAGUGGAGGACAUGCUGAUGACAUUACUCAAGAAAGGGCAUUCAUCAUCAACGCCCUCAUUACCAGAACCAAGAAGUAUGAUGCCAGAUAUUGGCUCUACUAUCUGUCUUCCAAAGGAGAAAACAGAGCAAGUUCAACUGCAGAGGAUGAAGGCUCUUCAGACAAUGUCCUCAUUGUGAGUCUGAAGAAGUCAUCAAAAAGGAAGCUUGUGGUGUCUCCCUCCCCCAGUGUUGAAGCACCACAAAAUCUUGCAUUGGUUAAUUUGGAUGAUGAAGAAGAAGUCCCUGCUCAUGGUGAACUUCAGAAGAAGAAGAAAAGAAGAAUCUCUUCCUCCUCCACAUCUGGAAAUACAAAUCGGGAUGACUUGGUGGAAAAGGAACCACUUGAGGAAGCCUCUGCACACAACCAGAGUCCUCAACGGCUGGAUGAAGAAAUCCCUCAAAAUCAGAGUUUUCCAUCUCCCCCACUACAAGCUCAAACUGGUGAUGAAGUGAGCCAAUUCAUGCAGCUCUACUAUGAUUGGAGAGCUUGGAAAGUUGGAAACUCUGCAGAUCAGUUGAUUGAAUGGAAUCAACAACUGAAAAAUGAGAAGGUUAUCAAGAGAUGUUUGGGACUGCCAAUCAAGCACUGUUGUGAGCAAAUUCUGGAUGAUGACUGGGUAUGGCAGAAAACCUAUGGAGAUCUGCAUCUGGAAUACCUGGCCACCUCUCCAAGUUCAGAGUUUGAAGGUGAUGAUGAGGAUCUUGCAGUCUACAAACCAAUCCUUUCAAAGCCAACAGAAGAUCAGACUGUUCUCACCACUGAAGCACAGGUUGACAUGGAAGCCACAGUAGAGGAUGUUAGAACACGGGUUUACGCCUUACGUCGUACUAAACUGUGUUCGGUUUUUAUGACAGGUUUUGAUAAUGCCAAACCGCCGCGACAUAUCGAAGCUAAAGAAGACUCAGCAGUUGAAGUCCAGAGAAGUUUUGCAGAAGCUGAAGGAGAAGUUCAAAUAGCCAGACUGGAGGCCACUGAAACUCCAGUAGCUAUCUUUGAGCAGCCAGUUGAAGAUGAAGACAGAGAUUCCCUCUCCAGGGAUAUCUCAAACUUUGUGAAUGAAGAAACAAAGGAAGAGUCAAUGAAGUCAUUAAAAAUUGAUGAAGAAGAGGCUGAGCAAGGAGAUGCUGAAUCCCUCCCUCUGCAACUCUUCCACAGAGUACCUUCUUCAAAACAGGUAAUAAACUUCCACUUUCACAGCUCUUCCACAUCCACCCCUCCGGAUGAGAUUCCGGAAACCUGGACAAGAAAGGUCCAAGGGUUGAUUGAAUCAGCCCUAGAGUCCCAGCAUGCCUCUUUUAGGCAAGAGAUACAGCAGAUGGAAGCAAGGCACAACAAAUUGAUGGAAAAAUCUGAAGAAAAGUAUUGCUCAAAUCUCAAUGAGAUAAGCAAAUCUGUAGACAAAACUCUAGAGAUCAUUUCUCUAUUGAGUAAGUCUGUGAGCAAUACAAUGGAGGCUUAUGCAUCUGACUGCCAUCUUCAAUUCAAAGAAGUCACUGCAAUCAAGCAACAGAUUGCCACUGUCACAGUCAAUCUUCAGAAGCAGAUGUCUUUUCUCCAGAUGGAUAUCAGAUCAGCUUUGGCAGUGUCAUCAGCAAACCAGGUGGUGACCCAAGACUACCUAAAGGUUCUUGCUCAAAAUCAGAAAGAAGCAUUCAAGCUCUUCAGGCACUUUGGUACCUACAAUGGGAAACACAAGCUGGACGUAACAGUCCAACACAGAAGUCCAUCCCAAAUUCCAAAGUUUCCAAUUGUAGUCAAACAAGGAGAACUCACAUACAUUCCAUCACAUCUGGACAUGACGGAUCUGAUACUUGAAGCCCAGCAGAGCAAUCCGGAGAACUCAAUACAGCAUCUGUCAAACACUGGUUUUGAUGGAUCAGAAGCUGUAGGAACCAUUGCCUCUCACUUCACAAAUGAUUCCUAGACAAAGGAGAAAUAUAACAACCUCAAGCGCAUCCAGGAUGAAUGUGGAGUCAUGCAAGGCAUUGGGGAGGCUGCCGGAUCAUCCAAGCGCAAAAAGAAGUGAAGGCUCUUUUCAUCAAACCAGGGGGAAGUAUUGAAAAUAUUAUUUUGUUUUGAUGAAAACACCCUUCUUGUUUUGAUGAAAACACCCUUCUUGUUUAAAACUUUGCUUCAUACAUCUUUAAAUUAUGCUUGAACAUAUUUAUUCUAAGUAUAAUAUUUGGGAUUUAUCAUUGAGCACAUACAUUCAGGGGAACUUAACUGUUUUUGGCUAACAAUUGUUUUUGGUAAUGAACCAUUGAUGAACUCUAAGCAAUUGAAGAUGGAUACCUCAGUUUUAGUACUAAAGUUGGAGAUCUCUGAUUCAGCAAUUAAAACAUACUACACGCUCAGCGGUAAAGCUGAGUAAGCAUAUCUAAUGCGUCGAACAUCCAUAUAAACUGAAUCUAAAUUCAUAAUCAAAUCAUUUGAUAUCAUGCACACAAUGUUCACUUCAGACAUUCACAGUUUUGAUAUUAUUCAGUUCUUAUCAACAUAUUUUAUUCAAUUCAGUUAUUAUUUCGAUAGUGCUCUUAAAUCGUUCUUA